AUGUACACUACAUUGGAAUAUAUUUGUACUAUUGUAUCUAUUAUCAAUUUGAUAACAGCAUUGGUUAUAUACAUUAUUGAUAGAAAACAGGGUGUUUCCAUCAAUUCCGGAAAGCAUUUCCAAUCUUUUAAAACCUGCAUUACCAUGUCAAUUUUGUUUGGAGUAUUGUCAAUGUGUGUGACACUAAACAAUUUACAUCAUAGCCAUCGUAUAGAUCAAUAA